AUGGACGUCGACACAAUCCCCAACUUGCUGGCGGAUCAGCGCGAUGCCGCCCCCGAAGACGUUCAGCACUACUUUCUUCAAUUCGAAGACCUAUGGGAGCGCAAGCUGUGGCACGAACUUACUAACGACCUCGUCUUGUACUUCCAAGACGAACAGAGCCAGAAGCAGCGCUUGCCUCUCUACAACCAGUUCAUCAAGACCUUCGCCGACAAGAUCAACCAACUCCAGCUCGUCACUCUCGGCCUGAGCACUGCUUCGCAAUGCAAAGACGACGAUGAACGCUUCCACUUCCUCACCACCCUCGCCUCGGGCGUCGAUAAGCCCGCAUCACAAGACGCCUUCGUUUACGCAAAGACUGCCGUAGCAAAUGUCGAGUUGCGCUUGAAGAAAUAUGAUGAGGCUCGCAAAGACCUGGAUCAAUGCGAGCAGAUCCUCGACACAUUCGACUCGGUUGAGUCUGUCGUUCACGCCGCCUUCUACCGCGUCAGCGCCGACUACCACCAAGCCAAGCAUGAAUUUGCCGCCUACUACCGUACCACCCUCCUCUACCUCGCAUGCAUCGAGCUCGAAUCGCUCUCCCUCGAAGACCGCCAGCGCAUCGCUUACGACCUCUCGAUCGCUGCUCUCGUUUCCGACUCCAUCUACAACUUUGGUGAACUUCUCCUUCACCCCAUCCUAGACACACUCAAGAACACACAACACGCCUGGUUGCGUGAUCUGAUCAUCGCCUUCAACAAGGGUGACUUGGGCGCCUACGACGUCUUGGCCGCACACAUGGGCAAGAAUGACCUGCUCAAGGAGCACCAAAACUUCCUCUACCAAAAGAUCAGUUUGUCUGCUCUCACCGAGACUGUCUUCCGCCGCCCACCUCACGACCGUGCCAUGACAUUCACCGAGAUCGCUCAGCAGACGAAAGUCCAACCGAACGAGAUCGAGCACCUGAUCAUGAAGGCACUCAGCCUCGGCCUGGUGCGUGGAACCAUCGAUCAGGUUGCAGAGGUUGCCAGGAUAACAUGGGUCCAGCCCAAGGUUUUGGACAAGGGCCAGAUCGUGAACAUGCGCGAGAGACUGCGUGCUUGGGAUGAUGGUGUUAACAAGCUCGGAAACUGGAUCGAGAGCUCAGGCCAGGAGAUCUGGGCCGCAUAA